AUGAGUUUUGAUUACAUUUUAUCUUAUUCACUUCAUAGUAGUAGUAGUAGUGAUAGAGGUAACAAUAAAAAAAUGAAUAGAUACUUUAAUUUACUUCCUUUGUUUGUAUUCUUAAUGAUACUUUGUCUCUAUAUUGCAAGCUAUCAAGUCUAUUGGUUCAGGAUUUUUUGGGGUGGAGGCAAUAAGACCUAUUUCUAUUACAAUGAUUUUAAGAAUAUAAAUUCAACAAUGUCCAGUGUUGAAUCAUUUGAUAACAUGGAGAAAACACUCAGUUUGUUGCAGCUGUGUAUUGCAUUGAUGACUCUGUCUUUAGUGUGUGUAGUCGUCAUCAUUCUUCUCCAUAGUAUCCUAUUGCUCGGUUUUAAGAAGUCGUCGUCACUCGUUCCACGUACAUCACGUCUAUUCUCUGUGGCUUCGUUCAUCUCUGUCUCUGUAUCGAUUAUUUAUUUCACAAGAAUCAUGCAUACCAUUGAAGAUGAUUGCAAAGCAAAAUCAGACAAGAUACCUUUGCGAUGUGAUCUUUUGCCGGAUGACAAAGGAUUCAUAAGAAAGAAUAGUAAUAGUACUAGUGAUUCAUUCGCUGAGCCCACCUUAGAGACUGUUGGUUGGCAACCUUACACAGGAUGGGUAGUCAUCACCAUUUGUGGAUUCCUCAAUCUUAUCGGCAUUAUCAUUGUUUGGGUAAUCACUCUCCGAAAAGAAAAGAGAAGAAAGUACAAACCAAUCGAUGAUGAACAAAUGUUAAUUUGGAAUACGCCAAUUUAA